UUGAUCAGUUGGAAGGACCAGAAUGAUCGAGAGAGAGAGAGAGAACCAGAGUUCUCCGACCCGAACGAGACCCGCGACUGGGCCUGACCGGAAAACGCUUCCCCGGCCACUUCUUCGCGGCGGAUCACCGGGAAAAGCCUCGUCUCGACGUCGCCUACAUCUCUGCGGUGUCGGAUUGUACAUGCAACGGCCCGGAACGAAGAAUUGACGAUUGGAAGCCCGAGCUGUCUCCGGCGAGUUCUGCAGUUCCCGGCGACUCCGGCCACCGUUUGGGCCGCCUGUGCUUUUCCGGCAUGGCUGGGCUUUGUUUCCCACUCGACUGCAUCUAUAGGCGAGGACUGACCUUGAUUGAGGUUAAAGUCUGGAAAUUUCGAGUUGGUGACUGCCAGACCGUACUUCAUCACAAGUGAGCUUCGUCGAGUUUUCCAGAAAACGUUGAGGAUCAAAAUAAGAAGCUGUGCAUUGGUGGACAUCGAUUUGGCAGUGUGUUUUUAGCCGGGUUCCGGGAAAGAGUUGAAAUUAGACUUUUCACCUGCAAUUUGUGCUAUCGAAGGAUUUCCAGUUACCCGAGGAACGGAAGGUUCGUGAAUCUCGGACAACGUAAAAGGUUAAAGCAUCGGAAUCCAGGUAGGGGACUUGGGACUCAUUCGGUUAGUUGUUUUCCGUUUUGAAUUAAACGUUUAUGCAUAUUUGAGUUGCAUGGUUUGGUUAUUGAUGGCUUGAGAGUGAGUGGAACAUAGCGAUUCCUUGGGCUUCGAUCCCCUAAACCUCCGGAGGGGCCGUAUGGACGGAAUGGUGUAUGACAUCCACUGAGGUGUGGCACUAUUUCUAGGUGAUAUGGCGUAAGUGGACACUCUCACUUCGCUUACCUGGUGAUGAUUUUAUUUGAGGUAAGGCCGUGUAGUUGGUCCAUGGGACUGGCCAUCAGGUAUUAUGAAUUUCUUUGAGUUUCAUGCAUUGGAUUUUGAGUCCGAAAGAUAUUUAAAGUUUGUCGUUCUUUAAAGAAAUGGUUUAACUUUUUCAUACUGGGAUCCCAAAUUAUUAUCUUAUGUGUCGGUUUUCAAACCUAGUCGGGUGAAGCCCCUACUGAGUAGCGAGGACGAAAGCUCACACCUACAACAGUGUGGUUGCAGGUACUGUGCACUGGGAACGGGAUUGGAGCGGACGGAGCUGGGUGUGCAUAUUUCAAUAGAAGUCAGGUUCUAAGUUCCAAUCUUAUUCCUAUUCCUUAAAAUUGUAUUUUCGGAACUUGUCACAAUUUGUUUGUUUUAUGCUAAGUCCUUUAUUCCUCGGUUGUUUGCACCGUUAAGUCCUGGACGAACAUUUGAAUUUAAAGUUUUAAAGUUUUCACCUCAAUAUUACUUUAAACGUUUUCGCUGUGCGGUUUACGAAAAAUUAUUUAAUAAAAUGCCUUGCGGGUUUCUGGAACGUAAAUCGAACCUUCGGUUUAUGUUUCGGGGUCUCGCGGCACUGUGACGUGCUCAAGCUGGUGAGGUGCAGUUUGGGGCGUUACAACACUCCUAGUCCUAGUCUUCUCAGAAGCCGACUUUCAGUGCCACCAAACCCUCUGUCAACAUACUUCGGUCCUAGUCUCCUCGGGAACCGACGGUAGUGCCGCGACCAAAGAGACAACAACACAAUUCAACAAACAUCUCUAAGAUGAUCUAAGUUCUCUCUAGAGCAACCUCUCUAAGAGCAACUCCUCUCCUUCUCUUUCUCUUAUCGGUGAUCAUACUUCUAGUCCUAGUCUUCUCAGAAGCCGACUUUCAGUGCCACCAAACCCUCUGUCAACGUGCUUCGGUCCUAGUCUCCUUGGGAGCCGAUUGUAGUACCACGACCACAACGGUUAUGGAACCAGCGAAGCAAGGGUAACGCCCUAGCAACCCAGCCAAGCUAAAGUCACGCUUUAGCAAGAUCUCAAUACUUCCCGGUGAUUUCGCUCUGCUCAAUCUACAAUAUUGAGUAUCGACUUGUGAACAAGAAGAAACUUCAGCAAAGUCCUCACCACGAGGCACAAAGAAUCCCACGACGAGGUUGGUGCUCUCCUCGUCUACAAUCGCUUGAUAGAAAGCAGGUCAAGGGACACCCCCGACGACCGCACCCGAACGGUGCUGGCACGCCCGCGCAGAAAAGAGACUGUUGACGAGCUGCAACAAAAUUGGAGCCAAACACUACUAUUAAUAUAAUAAAUGGAACCGGGCGUGGGGCUGAGCCUCCCAGCUAGGCUGGGUUCCAAACCCCCUAUUCAAAAAAAAAAAAAAAAAGGUUUUUUAAGUUAUUUAUUAUCGAAAAUUUAAUUCCUUUAUAUAGCACUUCUAUUAAAAUGAAUUUCAUUGAUACCCGGUGAUAAAGACCGCUUAAAAGACACCUUGAAUGAAAUUGAGAGCAUAGAAGAAAUAUGAGUGGUUCAAAUCUAGAUUAAGUGCCAUGGAGUUAGGACAUGUGUCAUGCAAAUUGAGAAAUAUCUUCAUGACUUCAUCUUAGAACUCCAUGGCUUGAACUAGUUGUAUACUAUAACUUUCAAAAUGCAUCUUAUCUCAUCUUCAAAAUAACGAUGUGUGAUGCCUACACAACUGUGCUCUCAGCCUAAUAAUAAUUAUCACUCAUCUUCCCUCACCUGUAUGGUUCUAUUGAUCGCUCAAACUCAAUUGCAAACUAUCUCUUUCUCUCUCAUUCGUUUGUUUAUUGUAGUUUCUUUAAAUAAUUAAUUUAUCAUUACGUUUAACUCGAAUAGUGAUUUUAUAUUAAGUUUGAUAAUAAUUAAACUUGAGUCAUGUUCAUUUAAUAGAUUCUUACUAUUUUACUCGAAUUCAUUAAACACGAUUGAGUAAAAAAUCAUGAAUUUCUUUUUCUUUUUGGUAAUUUUUGCUGGUAAUGUUGUGAAAAAGUCAUAAAACCCAAGGCCCAUAUUAGAUUUAAGUUUCCACGUGCCUCUCACGUGCAGUCCAGUUUCAUCAUCGUCAUCCUAUGGACUGUCACUGACUCCCCAUGCCUGAAACUGCCGAGUUCAAAACAUUUCGGUUACGCACUCCACCGAGUCGGAGCGAGUCAAGCCGCACGAUGCGAACCCGAGUCACUGAGCCGGAGCCAUGAUGCUGGCUUUAGUUGUAGUUUGAUUUCAAGGCUGGCCAUUGAUUCAAAUGACUAAUGCAAUAGGAAUAGGACCAAGUGACAGUUCACAUUCUUUCUGAACAUAGUUUGGAUUUGAAGGAUUACCAGUAAAGAGACCAGCAAAUGAAAUAUGUUGAAAAUUUGAAAUGCAGAUGAAAUUCCUUAAAACAUUGCCUGAUUGGCAGAAGCAUCUACAAUUCCAGAGGCCGAUAAGGCAAGCUGAACUGACUAGAGGGUUUCAAGCUUCCUAGUCAAAUGUAGGCCGGGUAAUCUAGCAACCAAGACAACAAACAACAUAAUAUGGACAUUUCAUCAAACACAUUACUAUUUCAUCGAACAACAUUAUACCAGUAAAGAAGUAUAUAUGCUAAUUCUACUUGCCAGCCAAGGAGACAUUCAUUAGUAUUAGUAAAGAGGCCAAGAGUUUUGGCGAUUUCUUUAGGCUCUUCAAAUAGCUGGGAAUUCUGGUUGUUGUAUGAUAAAAGAUUGAGGUUGUUAUCAAUCUAAUUCUAGUGAACAUCUGCAUUCUCUUGUUAGUGUGAUCAACGGUUGCAAAGAGGUUGACAAAUUCAAACCCGGAAACUCAAUAUCCGUUUCCACAUGCAAAAACUGAUCAAGUAAGAGGAAACAAAUUUUGGGCUUCCUGCCUAGUCUCUUGAACUGAUUAACUAGUUUCAUAUGUAUUGAGUCUCUCCUACAUCGCCAGUCAUAAUCGUAUGUCUGCUAAUAAUGUGACAUAUCAACUCUGUUUUCAUUUUGUGACAUAAUUUUCUCUACCAUGGGAUGGAAAAUUUAUGUAAGAGACUUUUCCAAGUCUUUUGUGGUGAAUUUGGUCAUGUACUUCCAAAUCAAUCGACAUUGUUCGGUUCCGGUGGGAAAGCAAGAACAGUAUUUAUGGAAGCAAGCCAAGUCGUCUUUGGAAAAGCAAGUCAACACUGCUAGGUCGUUGUUCAUUACUUCAAACUAAUUUCAGUCAAGCAAAGUGUCUGAUGCAGAUUACCAUAUCUCGGAUCCUAUAACUUAAUUUGUCAGGCCUCAAAUGGAACUCACAAAUCUUCACAACCCCAUAACCAAUUCAAAAUGACCUCAUCAUACUUUUUUUCCAAUGUACUAGCACUAAUACUAGUACUAGCAAUUGCUUUUUUUUGUUGCUGCAGCUCCAUGGCCUCAACCAUGGACAGCAAUAUGUUAGCACUCAGAGGAGGCAACGAGACAGAUAGGCUGGCAUUGCUUGCCAUUAAAGCUCAAAUACACCAAAAUCCCAACCGGCCGGUCAUGAGCUCGUGGAAUAAGUCCACUCAUUUUUGCAACUGGCAUGGUGUCACCUGCAGCCGACGCCAUCUUCAGAGGGUCAUUAAGCUGAACCUAACCUCCCUGAAGUUAUCCGGGUCCAUAUCUCCUCACAUAGGAAACCUGAGCUUCCUAAGGGAUCUAAGCUUCUAUGAUAAUAGCUUCACCAAAAAAAUCCCUCCAGAAAUUGGGCACUUGCGGAGGUUGCGGAUAUUACGUCUAGAAAACAACUCACUCAGUGGUCCUAUUCCUGCCAAUAUCUCCAAUUGCUUCAAACUCAUUAUUCUCGAUGUUUCUUACAACAUGCUGGGAGGUAACAUUCCUGCAGAACUUGGCUCCUUGUCUAAGCUUGAGUAUCUGAGUUUGCUAUUUAAUAAUCUAACAGGAGAGAUACCUCCCUCCUUGGGUAACCUUUCUAGUCUUGGCUCACUUGAUGCUUAUAGUAAUAACUUGGUGGGAAGUAUUCCUAGUUCUCUCGGGCAACUGAAAAAAUUAAAAUAUUUCUCAUUGGAAUCAAAUAAGUUGUCUGGUACCAUCCCUCCCUCCAUCUAUAACAUCUCUAGUCUCCUCGGAUUUAUCAUGGGAUUUAACCAAAUUCAAGGGAGCAUUCCCCCAUCCUUGUUCAGAACCCUUUCGAAUCUCCAAUAUUUUUGCAUUUCCGAUAAUCAGCUUACCGGAUCACUUCCUCUGUCAAUAAGCAAUGCCACUAAUUUAGUGGCUUUUUAUGUUGAGGAUAACAAACUAACAGGGCAAGUGCCAAAUUUACAAAAGCUUCGUACCCUUGCGAUAUUCUAUAUUGCUGGUAAUCAUCUCGGAAGUGGCAGUGAUGGGGACUUGAGUUUUUUCUCAGACUUGACCAAUGCUACACAGUUGGUGUGUUUGGCUGCAGAUACCAACAACUUCGGAGGGAUGUUGCCCGCAUCAGUAUCCAAUCUCUCAACCAACCUUGCAUUUCUCGAUGUUCACAAAAACCGAUUACAUGGAAGCAUCCCUGCAGGGAUAGUGAAUCUGGUCAACAUGAAAUCAUUGGCUUUGUCUGGUAACAUGUUCACAGGUAACAUUCCCACUGACAUCGGGAAACUUUCAGGUCUUGGGAGAUUGUCUUUUCAAAACAACAGAUUAUCAGGGAGCCUCCCAUCUUCUCUAGGAAAUCUGACUUCAUUAGUUUAUCUCGAAAUGCAAGGAAAUAAUUUUAAUGGUACCAUCCCUACAAGCCUUGGGGAAUGCCAUUCAUUGCUAGUGUUUGAUCUUUCACGCAAUAAUCUUAGUGGCCACAUACCUCCACAAGUUAUUGGUGUUCCUUCUUUAUCUAUUUCUUUGAACUUGUCCGAAAAUCGUCUCAGUGGUUCCCUUCCCUUGGAGCUAGGAGAGUUAAAAAGUCUAGGUGAGCUGGAUCUCUCUAACAAUAUGAUAUCAGGAAAACUUCCUAGUAGCCUUGGCAGUUGCCUGAGUUUAGAAAUCCUGCUCUUGCAAGGAAACUUCUUUGACGGCUCCAUUCCUUCGGCUAUGGUUUCCUUGAGAGGGAUUCGAGAUUUAGACCUUUCGCGCAACAAUCUCUCCGGUGAAAUUCCUGAAUUUUUGGCAGGGUUUAGAGACUUGGAGAAACUUAACCUGUCUUUCAAUGACUUUUGGGGUGCAGUACCAAUUAAAGGUGUAUUUAACAAUGCAAGUGCUACUUCAGUUGUCGGAAACACUAGGCUCUGCGGAGGUAUUUCUGAUCUCCACCUUCCAAAGUGCAAGUCUAAAGAAUCGACGUCUCGUAGCAUGAAACUAACAAUCUUAUUAGUAUCAGCAUUCACUCUUCUUGGAAUAGCUAUGCUGCUGACAUUUCUGUUUCUUUGUUUCUCCAAAAAGAAAUGCAAAGUAACUUCAUCAAGCACAUUUGCGGACUCUAUUUUGCAAGUGUCCUAUAAUACUCUCUUGAAAGCUACUGAUGGCUUCUCUGCAACAAAUUUGAUUGGUGCGGGUAGUUUUGGGUCUGUCUACAAAGGAGUUCUCGGCGAAGAUGGAGCUCAGCUUGUUGCUGUGAAGGUGUUUGACAUGUUACGCCGGGGGGCUUCCAAGAGUUUCCUAGCCGAAUGUGAGGCACUCCGAAAUAUCAGACACCGAAAUCUAGUCCCGAUUAUAACUGCAUGUUCGAGUGUUGACUUUCGUGGUAAUGAUUUCAAAGCUUUGGUUUACGAGUUCAUGGAGAAUGGGAGCUUAGAGGAGUGGCUGCAUCCAACUACUGGGACAGAAGACGCACCGAUGAAUUUAAGUCUCGUUCAGAGGCUAGACAUUGCCAUUGACGUUGCUUGUGCACUGGAUUAUCUUCAUAAUCAUUGCGAAACACCAAUAGUUCAUUGUGAUCUCAAGCCGAGCAAUGUUCUUUUGGACAAUGACUUGACUGGACAUGUUGCUGACUUUGGAUUAGCUAGAUUCCUCUCAAGACUAGCCAAUAACGUUUCAGCAAAUCAAUCAAGUUCCAUUGGAAUAAGAGGGACUGUUGGUUAUGCUGCUCCAGAGUAUGGAAUGGGAAGUGAGUUGUCAACAUAUGGAGAUGUCUACAGCUUCGGCAUUCUCUUGUUAGAGAUGUUUGCAGGGAAGAGACCCACUGACCACAUGUUCGUGGACGGUUUGAACCUUCACAAGUUUGUAAAAAGGGCUUUCCCCGAGCGUGUUUCAGAGAUUGCAGAUUCAUCACUUGUUCAAGUAGGCAAACCCAGCCAGAGCACCAAUGAUGCUCUUGAGGAAUGCUUGAGUUCAAUACUGGGAAUUGGAGUUGCAUGCUCUGUGGAAUCCCCAACAGACCGAGAGAAUAUUGGUGAUGCUGUAUCUGAACUGAAAAGCAUUCGAGCCACUCUUGUUGGAUAGAAACUUUGCUAUUGUUUUGUUAUGGCUUUCACUGCCCUUCAUGUUUUUAUUUGUGCCUGCUUUCAAGUCUUGUUGCUGCUAUAUAUGCCCGAAGAAUGUUUAGGUUAAUACUACAUCUUGUAUUUUGUGUUUGGCCUUGAACUGGAGCACUUCAGAUGAUCAAGUUCAUUAACAUUGCCUGAUUGACAUCGAAACAUUUACAAUUCAAGAGGCCGAUAAGGAAGCUGAACUGAUCGACUACAGGGUUAUUAAGCUAACCACUUUGAUAUAUCAAUUCUGCAUUUCUCUAGCAUAUUAAUCAACUCCAUUCAUGGUGCUUUCUUAGCAUUGGCACCGAAACAUCUACAAUUCCUGGAGGUCUUUAAGGCAAGAUGAAUAAUUGACUGACUGAAGCUUUUUGGCAGUUGAAUAUGAUGGACGUAGCGUUUUCAAGCAUUCCAUACGAAUGUAGGCUGCAGACAAUAGGCGUUUUCAAGCAUAU